AUGCAUCGGCAUCCCAGCAGCAGCGAGGUUGGCGGCGGCAGCGGCGAGCAGCUGCCGCAGCUCUUCCUCUUCAUAGGCAUCCUUUCGGGGCGCGGCUACCGCCACCGCCGCCUGGCGGUGCGCGAGGCCUGGUCCAACAAGGCGCAGGUGCCGGGGCAGGUGGUGGCCCGGUUCAUCCUGUCAGAGGAUGAGCGCACCCCGCAGGUGGAGAAGGAGCUGGAGGCGUACGGCGACAUUGUGUUUGUGCGGGAGAAGACCAACUACAAGUCCAUCCUGUACAAGACAUACUAUGUGAGCGACGGCGCGGCGGCGGCGGGGCUGGCAGGCGUGAUGGAGUAUGCGGCCACCAACUACGACGCCGCCUUUGUGCUGAAGACGGACGACGACGCCUUCAUCAACGUGGUGCCCCUGCUGGCGCAGCUGGCCGCCAUGUGCGAGAACCCGGGGUGCCGGCGGGAGCGCGUCUACAUGGGCAAGAUGGCCAAGCACAGCGAGGUGCUGCUGCAGCCGGGGCACAAGUGGAACAACGCGGCGUUCCACAACCACACAGGCCUCAAGGAGUACCCCAACUACAUGAUGGGGGGCGGGUAUGUGGUGGGCGGCGAGGUGGCGCGCCUGCUGGUGGACAUCCACACCCGCAUGCACCUCAAGUUCACUCCCAUAGAGGACGCCACGCUGGGCUUCUGGCUCAUGGCCAUGGACCUGCGCCACAUAGACCACCCGCGCUUCUACACCUGGGCAGCGCCCUGCUGCUUCAAGGCCCCAGUCAGGCGCGCGCCGGCGGGCGGGAGCAGCCGCAGCGUCGGGCGGGGAGGCCGGCGGGCGGGGCUGCGGCACAGCGCAGGCGGCGCGAAGCCUGGGGAGCGGUUUGUGACGCGGUUCCAGCUGGCCGAGGAGUUUGAUGCCGACCUGUGCAGCUCCGACCCCUGGAUCAUCAUGCACAAGAUAGACUCGCCCACCAAGAUGCGAUACGUGGGCGGGCGGGUGGCCAACUGCAGCGCGCCGGCGCGGCCCUGGGAGCUGGCCCCCAGCAUCCGCCCGUACAUCACCCCCGAGCAGCUGGCCUACUGGCAGCAGCGCGCGCCGCCGGAGCCGCCGGAGCAGCUGACGGCGGGCGACGGCACGCCCGCGGCGGAUGCAGGCGGCAGCGCAGGUGGUGCCAGCAGCGGCGGCCUCGCUUCCAGCGACGCGGCUGGAGGAGGCGGCCUAGCCGCCGGUGCCAUUGGUGGCAGCCUCGCCUCUACCGGGGACGCUAGUGGCGCAAGCCUGGCCUCAGCUGGCACAGCUGUGGGCGGUGUCUCGGCCGGUGCAGCUGCUGGCGGCGGCAGCGGACUUGCCUCGGCAGGUGCAGCUGCUGGCGGCGAUAGCCUUUCCUCGGCAGGUGCAGCGGGCGGAAGCCUGGGGGCUGCUGGUGUAGCAGAUCCCGGCGUUGGCACAAGCAGCAGCAGCAGCGGCAUGGGAGCAGCCACCACCGCAAUUCAGUAG